AUGCUUUUGAAUUAUUUGAAGAUUAUUCAUUUUAAGUUAAAUUUAAAGGAUAUAAAUUUGAAAAAUAUAUCUGAAUUACCAGCAGGUGUCGAACCAAAAUCAUAGUAAAAUAAAAUAGAAGCAGCUGGUCCAUUUGAAAAUAGAUUAAAACCAAUAUUAAAUGAUAUAUCAUCAAAAAAUAAACCUGCUUAGAAAGUAAGAAUUCUAGGCGAUACAAAUGAUUAUAACCCUUUAGCUAAUGAUUUAAUAAUAAAGUUUAAAAUGGUGUUAUAAUUAUUAAAUCUGUAGUUUGCCAGGAUUAGUAAAUGUCUAUUCUGUAAAUCAUUAUAUUAAUCUAUAUUAUAAAAUAAAGUACUAUCAUAAUUUUAUUAUGGUUGUGGAUUCAAAGCAACCAUCAAUCAUUUUUAUUCUGAAUAACCAUAAUAAGUUUCAACAGAAUAAUCAGAUCUUCCUUAAUAACCAGAACCCAAAUUCCAUGUUGAAGUCCCUUAACAACAAUAAGAUUGA